GGCAAUUUGUGUAACUGAGACACAGGACUGCAGACAGUACUUGCAGGGCAACAAUUUAGAUACUGAGUGGUAUGACGAUUGGAAUAACAAAGUGUUGUUAUGUAUGUACGUAGCCGGUAUACUUUGCAAUUGGAAGUAAAAAAUUCAUCAUCGAUGAUGAUUUUCACGUGUAAUGUCAGUACAUAAAUCGUAAACUCCAAGAAAAGUUGUGUGUUUUAUAAAUUUCCAGUCAGUCUUAACCUUAAAAAAUGAGUACUAACAAAAAAGUGUCAUACUUCUACAAUCCCGACGUGGGUAACUUUCACUACGGACCUGGACAUCCGAUGAAACCACAUAGACUCUCAGUUAUUCACAGUUUAGUGCUCAAUUACGGGUUGCAUAAAAAAAUGCAAAUAUAUAGACCGUAUCGUGCCAGUACCCAUGACAUGUGUCGGUUCCACUCGGAUGAGUACGUUGAAUUCUUGCAACGAGUUACCCCCCAAAAUCUUCAAGGAUUCACAAAAUAUUUGAGCCAUUUCAACGUAGGCGAUGACUGUCCCGUCUUCGAGGGAUUAUUCGACUUCUGUUCCAUGUACACUGGCGCGUCACUGGAGGGAGCUAUAAAGUUAAACAACAAUUGUUGCGAUAUAGCAAUCAAUUGGUCAGGGGGUCUACAUCAUGCUAAGAAAUUUGAGGCAUCGGGGUUCUGUUACAUCAAUGACAUCGUCAUAGCAAUUUUGGAGCUGCUCAAAUAUCACGCGCGGGUUUUAUACAUUGAUAUAGACGUGCACCACGGAGAUGGAGUCCAAGAAGCAUUUUAUCUGACGGACAGAGUGAUGACGGUAUCAUUUCACAAAUAUGGCAAUUACUUUUUUCCUGGCACGGGAGAUAUGUAUGAAAUUGGAGCAGAGAGUGGCAGGUAUUACUCAGUAAAUGUGCCCUUAAAGGAAGGUAUCGACGACACAAGUUAUGUACAAGUCUUUAAACCGGUCAUCUCCAAUGUCAUGGAGUUCUUUCAACCGACUGCGAUAGUACUACAAUGUGGAGCGGAUUCUUUGGCUAAUGACCGGCUUGGAUGCUUCAGUUUGAGCACCAAGGGCCAUGGAGAAUGUGUCAAGUUUGUUAGGGAUUUGAACGUGCCUCUUUUAACGGUCGGUGGAGGCGGUUAUACUCUGAGAAACGUUGCACGAUGCUGGACUUAUGAAACGUCUUUGUUGGUUGACGAGCAGAUAAGCAACGAGCUGCCGUAUACAGAAUAUUUGGAAUACUUUGCACCUGACUUCACACUGCAUCCAGAAGUUGUUACCAGACAAGAUAACGCUAAUAGCAAACAGUAUUUGGAGGCAAUAACAAGACAUGUUUAUGAUAAUCUUAAAAUGGUACAGCAUUCGCCUAGUGUUCAGAUGCAAGAUGUUCCUUGCGAUGCUCUCCCUCCGGAGGAAGAGAGACAACCCGAACCUGAUCCAGAUUCAAGGCAAAAUCAGCAAGAUACAGAUAAACAAGUUGAACCUGCAAAUGAAUAUUACAGCGGUGAUAAGGACCAGGACAAAUCUGACACAACGGAAAUAUGAUUAAAGCUUAUUCAUAGAAAUUGUAAAUAGUAGGAGAUUGUAAGACUAAAAUAAGUAUACAUAAGUAUUGAGUAUAAGUUAAUAGUUCAUGUAUAUGUAUAAUUGAAUGACAUUAUGGGAUAAUGAAACAAGUUGACAUGCCCUGCUUUUGAUUUUGUUGUUUCAAACGAAUGUUGCAAAUUGCAUUACUAGAAAAAAGUUCAUCUUCUACAUUAUAAGGGUAAAAAUGGAAUACUUAUUUCAAAAAACUUCUUUCUCUCAGUUUGAGGAAAAUGGUACAAUUUAAAAUCCACAAUGUGUUACUUGAAAAUGUAUAUUGUUCGAGUUACCUCAUUAUUGCGUGCUGCCAUUCAACUGAUUACCUACGUAUGUAUUUAAUUAAAAUUUUUACUAUUAAUUGUUUUUUUUUCUCACGAUCUUGGUUUUUGGCAUUUUUCAUACAUCUUUCGCGUGCGUUAAAAUUUAUGAUGCCGAGUAAAAAUGUUACAAAUAAUAUAGAGCUAACAAAAUUCCACAUUUUCUUGUUUCUAUACUUUUAAUUACCUAUUAGUCAACUAGACAGUCGAACCUGAAGCACUUAUUUGACAACUUUGAUUUUAUAAUAAGUAUUUCAUUUAUCAUGCAUUUUUGUACUGCCAAAAUAUUCACAUAGGGAUCAAAAUAUGUGUACCCCUACUAUUGCUUAGGAAUAUCUAGUAGUAGUGUUUUGAGACUCAUAUAACAUUUCUACUCGCAUUUUUUAAUUCAUAAUAAUUAAUUGCAGAACUAUAAGCAUUUAUAAAGUUCUACAAGUGUAUUGAUAUAGUAUGAUUGCUUCUUUGCAUCAAACAAUUUCAAUAGCCAGAAUCAUAAUGUACAAAAAUUUAUAGAAAAUGAAUCAUUCAGCCUGCACACAGAAUAAAAAGUGCAAUAGUUUCUGACUUUGGUGUUUUUCAGUCCUCUGGUAUCUUUUCUCAAACAGUCACUGUGUAUUAUACAAUGGUUUCACAUUUUAUAACUAUAUAAAAUUGUAACUAAGCAAAUGAAUUUUUGAUGGCAAAUUUGAAGCAAAACGAUUCUAAUUUAGAUGAAAGAACAAUGAUUUUCAGGCUAAUAAUUUACAUUUUCUGAAAUAAAAGCCCAGUGUCUUCCUGUCAUCAAAUACGAGAAAUAAACAUUUGUAUUCUUUUACUUACUGUACUUAAAUUAUACCCUACCAUUCACUUGUGCUCUAUAUUACGCACAGCAGUGCACAAUGAAUCAAGAGACAAUAUGUGAGAGUGAACGAUAAUUCGGUGAACCAAAUUAAUGAAAACUUAUGAAGUUUCAAGUAGCUUAUUUCAAAAUCGUGAAAGCUCAAAUACACGGGCACAUACCAAAUCCUUUUCCUGCUAAUCAUGAAGUUGCAAGAGAUCAUACAUUUUAAUCUGAAAAUAUCUUUACCGAGCCUGUAGAUUACAUUUCCGAUUACUAUUUUUUUUUAAGUAAUCAUUUUGCAGCACGUGGGAUAAUUAUUUCUGCACAUUCAAUGCAUUCACGUACGGAAGUCAGAGACAAUUAUCUGUAAAAUAUUUACCUGUUUAUAUUUGCUAUUUCAAUUACUAUCAAUAAAUAAAAACAGUUCUGAUCCUCGUCAAGUAAUUUUAUUAUCUAUGUUUAUUAUCGUAUUGUCAAUAUAAUUCUCUCUGUUCAGGGGCUAUGUUGCUAUAUCACAGAGAACUUAAAAAUUACUAAUCGAGUUAUUUCUGUAGUUCUAUGAAAUAGAAGUGAGCUUGCUAUUUAGACACGCACAACUUGACAUGGUCAAACUUUGUGAAUUACAAUAAAUUAGAUAUAUUAACUUAGAAUAAUUGAUUCAUGUACAAUGAACUUUACACAAAGUGACAGGUGAGGCUUACGUGGUAAAUAUCGUCUGAAAAUAAUUAAUGAUAUAUUAUACUUAUCGCUCUAAAUUAACAAUAGAAGAUACAAAAAUACUCAACGUGACAAGGAACACAAGAUAUACAUACGCAAACUUGCACAUAAGCACUUGAGGUUAUUUGUUUAAAUUAUACUUCUCAACUUCACUUUUUUUUAACAGUAUUUUUAUAUGUUUGAGAUAGUUCUUAAAAUCUGCAUUCAAUUUUAUAUUAUAAUAAUUAUAUAAAACUGGAUAAAAAGCGACAUUGAGUGGAUGUAUGUGUAUUGUAUAUAUAUAUAUAUUUUUUUUUCUUUACACGUAACAAUCAUAGUAAUCGUCAGUAUGAGGAUCUAUUAUAAUAUAGUUAUGUUAUUUAGUUUAUUUAUAUCGUUAUGUUCUCAGUCUCAUGUAAAAGCAAUCCCUUUGGUGGGAAAGGGCUCCCUUAAAUUAUGUUUGCUUUUCUUCAAUAAUCGUCCUCCUAGUGCAAUACAUUACUUUGACAGUAUCAUUCAGAUCAGCUUAAAGCAAAAUCUAAAACAUAUAUAAACUGUUCGAUAGGAUAGGAUAACGCAAGUAUUCCGGCGACAGAUUAUAGACAACUUAGUUUUAGUGUUUUACUUGUAUGAAGAAAAUAUGAUUAUUCUAAUUAAUCACUGCUCGUUUCAAUUUGUAAACGGGUUAGAUAGUUGUUCAAUUCCUUUAUGGAUAGGUAAUGUUUUUAUUCCUUCAAUAUAUUCGUAAUGCAUCUAUCACGAUCAAGAUGAUAAAAUCUUUAAUCUAGUCG